UCCUCCUCCUCACUUCAUUCGCAGCAGGUUCUUGCCCGUCAGUCAGCGGCUAUGGAGGAAGAGGGGAAGAGCGGCGCUGGCGGCACCAGGGUCUGUGUGACCGGCGGCGCCGGGUUCGUCGGUUCCUGGCUCGUCAGGAAGCUUCUGGAGGCAGGGUACACAGUCCACGCUACCCUGCGAAGCAUCGGGGACGAGGGGAAAGCGGGUCUGCUGCAGCGGCUCGUCCCCGUCGGCGCGCCGCCCGACAGGCUGCUGCUGUUCCAGGCCGACCUCUACGACGCCGCCAGCUUCGCGCCAGCCAUCGCCGGCUGCAAGUUCGUCUUCCUCGUCGCCACGCCGUCUGCGCACGAGGCCGCCGCCUCCAAGUACAAGACUGCGGCGGAAGCAGCCGUGGAUGCGGUACAAGUGAUCCUCCGGCUAUGCGAGGAAUCCAAGACGGUGAAGCGCGUAAUCCACACCGCGUCGGUAUCGGCUGCCUCGCCGCUCACAAAGUCCUCCAGCGCUGCCGCGACGGUGUACAGAGAUUUCAUUUCCGAAUCCUGCUGGACUCCUCUCGACGUCGAUUACCCUCUCCGUAACCCGCACUUCGAUAAGUACAUAGAGUCGAAGCUCGUGUCGGAGAAGGAGCUCCUAGGCUACAACGACGGCGAGAUCCCGGCGUUCGAGGUGGUCACCCUGCCCUGCGGCCUCGUUGCGGGUGACACGGUUCUCAGCCACAUCCCGGAGACAGUGGAGAGCGCGGUGGCGCCGGUGACUGGGCGCGACCCCUACUUCACGCUGCCGAGGAUCCUGCAGAAGCUGCUGGGCUCGGUGCCGCUGGUGCAUGUCGACGACGUCUGCGCGGCGCACAUCUUCUGCAUGGAGCAGCCUUCCCUCUCCGGCCGGUUCCUCUGCGCUGCCGCCUAUCCAACAGUCCACGACAUCCUGGACCACUACGGGAGCAAGUUUCCUCACCUGGACCUCCUCAAAGAGACUGAUGACGUACCUGUGAGGGUGCAAUCGGAGAGAGACAAGCUGGGCGAGCUGGGUUUUAGGUACAAAUACAAGAUGGAGCAGAUACUAGACGAAAGCAUCAGCUGCGCGGUGAGGUUGGGCGCUCUGGAUGCAUCCAGGCUCAGCGUGCAGCAGAAGUGAUGAACUCCGGCUGUGUGGAGUGCACAACAAGUGAUCACAGUGAUGUCCGGCACUUCACAGCCAUACAAAGUAGUACAUUUGUUAAGAGAAGGAAGCCGACACAUAAAUAAGUAAACAAUGCAUCGUUAGCAAACGAUUGACAGCUUACUGUUUGGUUUUUUGCUAUAGCAACUAGAGAAACUUGCAGUUGUGAAUUACCGGUGCUAUGUGCUCCCUUCUCUCCGAUAGUUCAUUUACAUGCAUGGAGAAAAUUGCAGACUUGAGGUUGCUGACUUAGCAAAGACGUAGAGAUUGAUUUUGCUUUUCUCUGU